AUGAUCCCGACUGCCAGUAGCACCACAGGAACCACCAUGACCACUGGAACCGCCACAACCCUGACCUCCACCGCCAGUAGCACCACGGGAACUGCCACCACCGGAAAUGCCACCACCGACCACAGGAACUGCCACCACCGGAAACGCCACCACCACGACCCCUACCUCCAACGUACCACGGAAACCGCCACCACCAUCGAAACCGCCACAACCCUGACCUCCACCGCCAGUAGCACCACGGGAACUGCCACCACCGGAAACGCCACCACCACGACCCCCACCUCCAGAAGCACCACGGGAACCGCGACCACCACCAGAACCGCCACAACCCUGACCUCCACUGCCAGUAGCACGACAGGAACUGCCACCACUGGAAACGCCACCACCACGACCUCCACCUCCAGUAGCACCAUGGGAACCGCCACCACCCCGACCACCACCGCCAGUAGCACCACCGGAACCACCACCACCGCCAUGAGCCCUACUGCCAGUGGCACCACAGGAACCGCCAUGACCACUGGAACCGCCACAACCCUGACCUCCACCGCCAGUAGCACCACGGGAACUGCCACCACCGGAAACGCCACCACCACGACCCCCACCUCCAGAAGGACCACGGGAACUGCCACCACCAUCGAAACCGCCACAACCCUGACCUACACCGCCAGUAGCACCACGGGAACUGCCACCACCGGAAACGCCACCACCACGACCCCCACCUCCAGAAGCACCACGGGAACCGCCACCACCACCGGAACCGCCACAACGCUGACCUCCAUCGCCAGUAGCACCAUAGGAACUGCCACCACCGGAAACGCCACCACCACGACCCCCACCUCCAGUAGCACUACGGGAACAGCCACCACCACCGGAACCGCCACAACCCUGACCUCCUCCACCAGUAGCACCAAGGGAACCGCCACCACCAGAAACGCCACCACCACUACACCAACCACCAGUAGCACCACGGGAACCGACACCACCCCGACCACGACGGCCAGUAGCACCACCGGAACCACCACCACCGCCAUGAUCCCGACUGCCAGUAGCACCACAGGAACCACCAUGACCACUGGAACCGCCACAACCCUGACCUCCACCAGAAGCACCACGGGAACCGCGACCACCACCAGAACCGCCACAACCCUGACCUCCACUGCCAGUAGCACGACAGGAACUGCCACCACUGGAAACGCCACCACCACGACCUCCACCUCCAGUAGCACCAUGGGAACCGCCACCACCCCGACCACCACCGCCAGUAGCACCACCGGAACCACCACCACCGCCAUGAGCCCUACUGCCAGUGGCACCACAGGAACCGCCAUGACCACUGGAACCGCCACAACUAGCACUACGCGAACCGCCACCACCAUCGGAACCGCCACAACCUGGACCUCCACCGCCAGUAGCACCACGGGAACCGCCACCACCAUCGAAACAGCCACAACCCUGACCUCCACCGCCAGUAGCACCACGGGAACCGCCACCACUGGAAACGCCACCACCACUACAUCCACCACCAGUAGCACCACGGGAACCGACACCGCCCCGACCACCAGGGCCAGUAGCACCACCGGAACCACCACCACCGCCAUGAUCCCUACUGCCAGUGGCACCACAAAAACCGCCAUGACCACUGGAACCGCCACAACCCUGACCUCCACCGCCAGUAGCACCAAGGGAACCGCCACCACUGGAAACGCCACCACCACUACACCCACCACCACACCACCGGAACCACCACCACCGCCAUGA